AUGAGCGUUGUUAAUACAAUUCGAAUAUGGGCGUACACUUGUGCGGCCGCUGUAAUUACGGCUUGUUUUCUAACGGCUAUAUUUGUGGCAGCUGGAUGGCAUUACUUCGUCGCAGUUCACUUAGAGAGUCCAAAGGAGAUGUUAGAUCUACAAGGCACUAGAUCGUUAGCAACCGAAAGUAGAUCAAGGAGUAAUACCCACAAGCAGGUGAUUAAACGGCCGGCGUCAGUCUGUUCUGAGACACCCUUUUUGAGAUCGGAGUACCAUGUGGAGGAUGUUAUUCAAUCCGACCACCCAGCCACGAGGUCUGGAAGUACAUUGGCGGAAAAUUCAAGUGUUCAGGGUUGUGAGGUAGAUAUCACACAGAAAGGGAUGCCGAACUCCAUGACUAAUCCGUUCCAAGAUGUUGUGACAGCUGAGGAUGAAAAUUUGGUGCCAGACCUAAAAUAUUAUUAUAAUCAGUACGGAAUCACAGUUGAGGAGCAGCUAGUGAGCACUGAAGAUGGGUUUGUCUUGGACUUGUGGCAUUUCCGGAUAAAGGAUCCAUCAAUUAGGUCGCCGCCUGUAUUGUUAUUGCAUGGAUUAUUACAAAGUUGUGGAUCUUUUGCGUCUGCUGGUCGGAAGUCCCUCGCAUACCACCUAUAUGAAUCAGGAUAUGAUGUUUGGUUGGGUAAUAAUAGAUGUGGAUUUGAUGCAAAAACCCAUCCAGAAAAGUUAGAACCCAAAAAGAAGUGGGACUGGGCUAUGAAUGAAAUGGUGAGGUAUGAUUUAAAGACAUUGAUUGAAGCAGUGCUCAAAAGUACAGGUUAUGAAAAAUUGACGUUAAUUGCACACUCGCAAGGCACAACACAAGGUUUUAGCGGUCUUGUGAACGGAGAGACUAUUUAUCAAGAUACAAGUUUUAGAUUGCUGGACAAGUUGGAAAACUUUGUAGCAUUGGCGCCUGCUGUAUAUCCAGGUCCGCUAUUGGAAGAGAAGUCAUUUUUAAGAUAUAUGGCAAGCACUAUUGAUUCGCCUUGGGUAUUUGGCGUAAACUCGUUUCUCCCGAUUAUGAUGACAGUUAGAUCUUGGACUGUUGGUUACCAAAUAUUUUCAUUUGUCUGUUAUAUAUUUUUCAAUUAUUUAUUUGAUUGGAACGAUAAAUUGUGGGAUAAAUCCUUGAGAAACAGACACUUUUUGUUCUCUCCUAUACACAUAUCUGUGAAUUUAAUGAGGUGGUGGUUGAGUAAAGAUGAAGCCAUACACAGCUUUAAACAUUAUUCUCACGCCAUAUUCCCAGAUAAUACCGUUUGGUUCCCAAUAUCAGAUGACAAAAAUAAUAUCACAAUAGAACCAUACGAACAUAAAUUGUGCUCCAAUCCUUCCAACUUCCCACGUAUUCUAAUGUUCAUUCCAAAGCAAGAUAGAUUGGUUGAUGGUAAUCGUUUAAUAAAUCAUUUUAUCAACUACGAAAACCCUUCUUUGUACAAAAUAUGGCAUAUUGAUGAGUAUUCUCAUUUAGACGUACUAUGGGCCCAUGACGUCAUUGACAGAAUCGGCAGACCAAUGCUACAGAUGCUUAAAACCAACCACUAG